AUGGGUACAGGAAUAUCCCCAUAUCCCGGAUUCACUACGGCCCAUACACUGUGCACAAGCAAUGGGUACAGGAAUAUCGACAUAUUACGGGUUCACUACGGCCCAUACACUGCACAAGCAAUGGGUACAGGAAUAUCGUUAUAUCACGGGUUCAGCGAGGCCCAUACACUGUGCACAAGCAAUGGGUACAGGAAUAGCUCCAUAUCCCGGAUUCACUACGGCCCAUUCUCUGUGCACAAGCAAUGGAUUGUUUGUUUGCUCUAUGCCAGAGUGUACAACAAUGAGGUAGAGGCAGCAGAUUUUCCCUUCAGCUUUUUCGUCCAGUCUCCAUACUCAACUUUAUCCUACCCCAAUAAAACCACGAGUGGGUUGACAGAGUCGGAGUGCGUCGAGUCUUGUCUCUACGCCGUCGAUUUUAACUGUUUGUCGGUCGAGUACCACCAGGAAAGUACCGCUUGCCUACUCAGCGUGGCUAGUGCAACAAGCCUGGCAACGUCACUAACAACGGAUAAACAUUAUAACUAUUAUGAAAAACUAGUUGGUGAAUGUUCGUUUCCGGCAGUGGGCCUUGAGGACGGCACGGUUUCCCUCGAUGACGUCACAAUGUCGUCAUUCCUUGGUGAUAUGGAGGACGGGCCAAUCGGUAUCUCUAAAGCGAACAUCCGGUUGAAUUCAGACGGAGCUUGGUGCUCCAAGGAGCUGGAUGACAUCAAUAAUAUUACCGAUUGGGUCCAGGUUGAAUUCAACGAGUUUAAGAUCAUAGGCGCAGUGGCUACACAGGGGUUCCGCCACUCUGAUCUGGAUCCCAUCUUCGUCUCGCAGUAUUACUUGAAAUAUACCAAUGAAACCAACGAACCCUGGAUUGAAUACGAGGAGGGAGGCCAGACUAAAAUUUUUGAGGCAAACGAAGACAAGGAUACCAUUGUUAAGAAUGAUCUGGUGAACCCGUUCAUUGCCAAAUUUGUUAGACUUUACCCAGUCGCUUGUGAGAACCACCCAUGUUUGCGAAUGGAGUUGUAUGCAUGCAGAGGAUCCAGAUUUUAUAGAUGUCAAACUUCAUUGGACUGUGAGCCUAAUCCGUGCAAGAAUAACGCCACCUGCUUGGACGACAUCCCUGCUGUAUGGAAUGUAACCUGCUCAUGCCAAAAUGGCUACGUCGAUGACUUUUGCCAGACGGAUUUCGACGAGUGUGCGUCAAACCCGUGUCAGAAUGGAGCGAUGUGCGUUGACCAUGUGGAUUAUUUCACAUGUGUUUGUACAUCAGGCUGGGCUGAUACGCUAUGUGAUCGGAACAUUGAUGAGUGUUUAUCAGACCCUUGUCAAAACGACGCCACCUGCAACGAUUUAGUCGAUGGCUACAACUGUACAUGCCCCAGUGGGUUUGAAGGCACCCACUGUGAAAACUUCACAGUGGUGUGCCCAGAUGGCUUUGUGAAGGGUCUCUUCUCAUGCUACAGCAUCGUAUCAGCAGCAAACAACAAUACUGACUAUAACGGAGCCUCAUCUGCUUGCCAGGGAAUCCGUGCACAUCUAGCUUACCCAGAGGACUACUUCGAACAUAUUGUCAUCAGUGAAGCACUUGAUCAGCUUCUACUUGGCUCAUCGGAUAUUCUCUUCAUUGGGUUGAAGUACAACGGAUCCAGUCUGACAUUUGAUGACGACAGUGGUAGCCCAAACCUUGUCACUUGGGAUGAUAACGGCACCAGUGUGGAGCACUGGGCGAGUGGGUAUCCAACGGGUAACCAUCAGUGUCUUGCUAUGGUCAAAGUGGGUAACGACUGGGUGUGGAGGAACAUUGACUGCCAGUCAAGCAAUGCUUACAUCUGUGAACAAAACAUAAUUAACGGAAACAUGAGCGAGUGGUCUCGGUGGAGUCAGUGUAGCGUGACGUGUGGACCCGGAGAGGGGACUCAGAUACGAUAUCGAAGCUGCACUGAUCCUGCUCCUUUAUUGGAUGGUGACGAGUGUGUAGGAGUGACCAACCAGACCCAAGUGUGUGGAGAGAUCUGUCCCAUAGUGGAGUGCCCAGAUGGUUUUAUCACUCGCUAUGAUACUUGCUACCUUCUUCAAGUCAAUGAAUCAGCGACAUACGAUGAGGCCCAAAUUGCCUGCCAGAACCUCACCAUCUAUGGCGGGCAUCUCGUUCUCCUGAACGACCUAUCAGAGCAGAUCUUUGUCACCCAGAUGCUCUUUGACGAGUACACUGACACCGCCCAGACGUAUUUCACUGGGAAUGUCCUGGCAUCUGGGAUUGUCACCCUGGACUGGGUGUUUGCUGAAAGCAUUGGGGAAUUCAACCAGACGUCGUGGGAGAUGGUUGGAGAGACGCCGUGGGGCAAUGAUGGUCCUCCGGCGAAUGGAUCCAGCCCCAGUGGCUGUGUAGAGCUCGGUUUGAAUGGAACAACGUGGAAAUGGGAGUUGGGUGACUGCUCAGCGAGUCUUGGGUAUAUCUGUGAGGUCAAUCUAGCUGGUGGUAGUUGGAGCCCAUGGGCAGGCUGGGGUGAGUGUAACUCAUCAUGUGGCGCUGGGAACCAGACUAGAGAGAGAUGGUGUGAUACCCCAGCCCCUAUUCUUGGAGGACCUAACUGCACCGGGCCCAGUCUGGAUACCAGACCUUGCGAAACAAUAUGCCCAAUAGUUACUUGCCCGCUUGGUUUUGCUGUCCACAACGAUAGCUGCUACGUUGUAAUCGAUAGCCCAGGUUUCUACUCAUCGCGCGACCAAGCCCAGUCAUACUGUGAAGCUUUCGAAUACAGGGCUCACCUCUCCUAUAUCCAAUCAGAAGCGGAGUUAGACUUUGUCAGCUUCCGAUUGGACGAUUCAAAUAUCAGACAUGCCGAGUUGGCUUGGAUUGGGCUGAUGUAUACAGGAGCUGAUCUAACGUAUUGGAAUGGGAGUGAGACGGUGAACACGAGUUCUUGGUCUGGUGUUGAUCCGUGGGCUGCUGGGUAUGGGGCGUCCAGUGACGAGGCUUGUGUUGGGAUAGUGUAUGAUUCAGCAGAGUGGAAGUGGAGAAUGGCAAACGCCUCUUGCGAUGUUACCUCGGGAUUUGUCUGUGAAGUUACUCAAGCCCCUGGUAAUUGGGGUUCUUGGGGUGCUUGGGCAGAGUGUAGUGUGACCUGUGGGAAUGGUACCCAGACUCGUUAUAGACCAUGUGAUGAUCCAGCUCCAGUCCUUAAUGGAGACUAUUGUCCUGGGAGCAACAGUAGUAUGAGGAACUGCAGCAUUCUCUGCCCAGUUGUUACCUGCUCAUCUGGUUUUGACCCAUACCAUGACAGUUGUUACAGUACUGUGUCUGACUCUAAAGACUUUGCCUCCUUCGAUGCUGCAAACUCCUCCUGUUUAGACAUGACCGAAGGCCUCGGUCGCCUCGCCCACAUCAACGACUAUCCAGAACAAGAAUUCCUCAACUGGGUUCUCAAGAGUCUUCUAACUAACACGAGCGAUGCUGUGUAUGCGGGGAUGACGUACAGCGCCCCCAACGUGAUGUUCUAUUCUGACAGCGGGAGUCCAGAUGAGACAACGUACCCGGAUGGUUCCAUUUGGGCAGAGGGGUAUCCAGUUUCUGGAGGGGUAGCCUGUGUGGGGUUGGUGUACAAUAAUCCGACGUGGGAGUGGCUGCUGGGUAAUGUGGAUUGCGAUGUGGACAGGGCGUACAUAUGUGAGAUCACCCAAGGUGAUGGUAGCUGGGGUUCAUGGGGAGCUUGGAGCCAGUGUAGCGAGUCUUGUGGAGAAGGGAACCAGACCCGCCUACGAUCCUGCGAUGAUCCCCCGCCCAUUCUAGGGGGCAAUGACUGUGUUGGAAGCAACAAUGACAUCAAAGUCUGCAACUACACAUGUCCAAUUGUGACCUGUCCAGAGGGUUAUGCAGUUGCCUAUGACAGCUGCUACCUCGCAGAGACAGACUCCUCUCUCUUCAUGGACUAUGAGGGCGCUAAUUCAACCUGUGCGCUGAUGACGAACGACACGGGACAUCUGCUUCACAUCGAUGAUGAGACUGAGCUGAACUGGGUCAGCUGGAUCAUGAAAGGUCACGGGACAUACACAAUGGACGCCUUCUAUACAGGGAUGAAGUAUGUUAGCAGUUCAGUUGACUUUGAUGACGGCAGUGGGAGCCCCACCUGGGGAAGUUACGACCCCUGGAAGAACAACUACCCAACAAGCCUAUCUGGGGAUGAGUGUGUCACGUUGAUGUAUAACCAUGCAACUUGGGAAUGGAAACUUGGGAACAAGGACUGCAAUGACUCGUAUGGUUUUAUCUGUGAGAUUACUCAAGUUCAUGGUAAUUGGGGUGGAUGGAGUUCAUGGAAUGAUUGUAGCUUGACCUGUGAUGUAGCUCCUAACAUGGGUACGCAGACUCGUAACCGUACCUGCUCAAACCCAGCCCCCAUCCUAGGAGGUGACUACUGUCUGGGGAAUGAGACCGAUAAACAAGCGUGUGGAUCACAGUGUCCUCCUGUGCAUGGUAACUUCACAGCGUGGGCGUAUGACGACUGCACCGUGUCGUGCUACACCUACUAUGAGAGUGAUCUAACUCGUUAUGGUGGUCUGCAGAACCGCAGUCGUAACUGCACCAAUCCCACCCCACGCUAUGGUGGAGAUGAAUGCGUUGGAAAUUCCACUGAGAUUGUUAGCUGUGGAACACAGGAUGGUAACAUCUGCCCUCCAAUCAAUGGAUCGUGGGCAUCAUGGAGUAACUUCUCAGAGUGUAGCACAACGUGUGGAGGCGGGACACGCAACCGAACACGACACUGCACCAACCCAAGAGCUCAAAAUGGUGGAGAAAGUUGUCCGGGUAAUGGGACGGAGUCCGAGUCAUGCAACACUGAGCCAUGCCCAGUUGAUGGUAAUUUUACUUCAUGGUCCGCUUGGAGUGACUGCACAGAGACCUGUAUAGGUGGAGAGCAGUAUCGUGUACGUAACUGCACUGAUCCUGAGCCAGCCUAUGGGGGACUGAACUGUAGUGGUGUGACUCUACAAUGGCAGAACUGCAGUGAAAAGACCCAAUGCUCUGUCCAUGGUGCAUGGGGCGAGUGGUCAGUUUGGAGUAACUGCACCGUUGAGUGUGAGGGGAUUGGAACCCAGAACCGCACCCGUACAUGCUCCAACCCAGCCCCUGCCUACGGAGGAGAUGACUGCCCACUGGAUGAAUCUAACAAUGAGACAAGGAUAUGUGGCACUCAAAACUGCCCAAUUGAUGGUGGCUUCAGUAAUUGGCUUGGUUGGUCUGAGUGUACGGCACACUGUGGAACAGGUGGGGUACGUUACCGUCACCACCCCUGCACUAACCCUGUCCCCCAGUAUGGAGGCAAUGAAUGUGAAGGGGAUGCAUACAUCAGAGAAGCAUGUGAUUCAAAUGUAGGGUGCAGAGAUACGUUCAGCACAGUGGCACGUAACAAAAGGGCCCACCAGAGUUCAGUCAUGGGCAACAUGUCGGCAGAGCUUGCUGUCGAUGGUAACACCAACGGCACAGUGUCAGCCAAAUAUUGCAGCCAGACGGACCUCCAGACUGACCCAUGGUGGAUGGUUGACCUCGGGGGUGUCUACCAGGUCAAGGAGGUCAGAGUUCAUACGAGGUCAGAUGCCUGUGAAUCUGAAGCAUGUGAUUGGGGGAUCCUACCUUUCAUUGUGCGGGUCGGCAUCAGUAAAGACAUCCAUGGUAACAUUAGGUGUGGAGAGCUACAGACAGCCGGUAAUAACUCCCUGUUUGUUGUUGACUGUGGCACCCCUCUAUUCGGCCAGUACGUUGCAGUCCAACGCAUAAAGGCAGAUGCAGCAUUGACACUCUGUGAAGUGGAGGUCACCAUUGUGUCCUCCAUCUAUCAUAUCAAUGGGUCAGCAGGUCAUGGCAGUUUGACCUUUGACCUGGCCAAGGAAGCCUGCAACAAACAAGGUGCUGAGCUGUCCACCUACGAUGACCUCUACGCUGCAUGGUCAAGCGAGGGCCUGGAUGGUUGCAACCUGGCAUGGCUGGCUGAUGGUUCUGUACGAUGUCCCAUACAGGGUACCAACAGCUCCUGCAGUCUAAGUCAGAGUGCUGGGGUGUACAACGGCGGAACACCAGGGAAAAAUGAGACGUACGAUGCUUACUGCACAAGCCGGGGUCAAGAGGGCCACCCAUUGGGUCUGGUCUCAGGCCUCAUUGCAGACUAUAACAUGACCGCUUCAUCCGUGAACCAGACUGGAUCCUGUGGCCCUGAGUAUGCACGGUUGUAUCACCCAGACCCUACAGCUGCAUGGGUACCAGCUAAGAAUCGCAGGAAUGAAUGGCUCCAGAUUGAGCUCAAGGAACCGGUAACCUUGAAGGCCGUAUCAACAUCUGGGAUUCCAUGUUGUGACUCUUGGGUGACUGGCUAUUACAUAAGAUAUUCUCUCGAUGGUGUAGAUUGGAUGUACUAUCAACAAAACGGCAGUAUAAAGUUCAUGGUGGCUAACUAUGACAGCACCUCAUUGGUGCGCAACACACUUCCUGAGCCAAUCACAAAUGUUCGUUUUGUGCGCAUCGAGCCACGCUCUUGGAACGGCAGUAUCAGUUUGAGAUUGGAACUAUAUGGAGACUAUGAACCGGUAAAUGGAGAGUGGAGUUCAUGGGGUUCAUGGGGGCAGUGCUCAGUACCAUGUGAAGGUGUUGGUACAUGGCAGCGUAAUCGUAGCUGUAGUGAGCCCUCGCAGAGUCGCAAAGGCAGACGAUGUCAAGAGGACCCGUACCGUGACCGCAUUGCCAACCCUCUUACAUUCUUCAGUCAAACCAGUCUCUCUGAGCUAACCGGUUAUGACAUAGAGACCAUCGGUGAUGUAACAGCCAAGACUUGUGCGUUGAUCUGCCUGUGGGAUCGCCCAGAUUGUCAAUCAUUCAACUAUGACCCCGUGACCUUAGAUUGUGUCCUUAGCAACACCUCGGCAACCAUUGAGAAUGUUGGCCUCUACAACACUAAUGUGACUGGCAGUUAUUACCAACUCGAAUACUCGUCCUGUAACGUGCAUAAAAUUAUCAAGCGAGGGCGUGGUUUAACACCACAAUCCGGUGUGUACGACAUUACCGUUGAGGGCAGUACUCUCUCUGUCUACUGCGACAUGGACCGUGAUGGUGGCGGGUGGACGCUUCUGGUGACCUCGGCAACGACCUAUGGAUGGGAUAAUGAUACGGUGUUGCUAAGGAAUGCCAGUUACCCUAGCGUCGAGAAUGAUUAUUCUAUUUUGAAACACGCUGAUGCUAUUAAGAAUGGAGGGACUGGGGCCACUUUUAAGUAUCGUCUUGAGGCACUUGAGAGAGGCCAGUGGGGCGGUAUAUUUGAAGCACCUAGAAACCACUCAUUCACCUCAUCAGCGUAUCGUCAACGAGCCAGCCUAGUCCAGAUGUUCAACUCAUGGCGCUCCGGUAACGCAUCCCUGGAACAUGUCAUGCCUUGGCUGACAACAAACUACCCAGUCCUACUCAGCGUUCAAAACAACACUCUGAACAAUGCUGCUGCAUACUGGUACGGCGCCCUCGUUUGUGCGUGUGGCAACCGCACUUGGAUGCCUUAUAUGAAGGAGAUUGACGCAUCCAAGUUGGAUUCGUGUCCUGAGGUUACGACAGCGCCCCCAAAGGAAACAACCACGGGUAUUGGAGAGACGACACUUGGUAUGGUAGAAACAACACUGGGUAUGGUAGAAACAACACUGGGUGUACACAAGACGACACUGGGCGUACAAGAGACAACACUGGGUGUACAAGAGACGACAGAAGAAUUCUACAUGGAUGCAACGGAAAUUAUAACCGAGCUGUUUACUGAGUUGAUUACAGACUUAUCAACUGAAAUUGAGGGGGAAAACCCACCAUCAACAACAACAAAUCCACCA